GGCUGCGUGCGCGCAGGGGCCCCACGUGCGUGCUCCCCGCUCGGCCCGGCUCCGUUAUGGGCUUGGCCCCGGCGGCGGGCGCGGUGCGGGCGCGCUACCUCGUGUUCUUCCAGUACUCGGGCUCGCCCUUUAACGGGGUCGCGGCCGUCAGGGGCCAGCGCGCAGUCGGCGUCCAGAACUACCUGGAGGAGGCCGCGGCGCGGCUGAACUCGGUGGCGCCUGUCAAGUUCACCAUCUCCAGCCGCACCGACGCCGGGGUCCACGCCCUGAGCAACGCCGCGCACCUGGACGUCCAGCGCCGCCCGGGCCAGCCGCCCUUCCCCCCCGAGAUCCUGGCCGAGGCCCUCAACAGCCACCUGAAGCACCCAGCCAUCAGGAUACUGCAGGCCUUCCGCGUGCACAGCGACUUCCAUGCGCGCUACGCAGCCACAUCCAGGACCUACCUGUACCGCCUGGCGACUGGCUGCCCCCGGCCCGACCGGCUGCCUGUGUUUGAACGAAACCUGUGUUGGGCCCUGCGGCCAGACUACCUGGAUGUGGCGGCCAUGCGGGAGGCCGCCCAGCACCUCCUCGGGACGCAUGACUUCAGCGCCUUCCAGUCUGCGGGCAGCCCGGCCACCAGCUCUGUGCGCACACUGCGCCACAUCUCAGUGUCUCCGGGCCCAGUCAGCCCCUUUGUCCUCCCCCAGGAGAGCAGGAAGCUGCAGUUCUGGAGCGUGGAGUUUGAGAGCCAAUCCUUCCUAUAUAGACAGGUACGGAGGAUGACAGCUGUGCUGGUGGCUGUGGGACUGGGGGCUUUGACACCAGCCCAGGUGAAGGUGAUUCUGGAGAGCCAAGAUCCCCUAGGCAAGCACCAGGCUCGUGUGGCCCCAGCCCGUGGUCUGUUCUUGAAGUCAGUGCUGUAUGGAGGCCUCAGGGACCUUGAUGGGAAUCCAGCCUGUGCCCAGAGUGAAAGCCACGGCACAGGGGGCAGGGAGGCCCAAGGACUUCAAGCCAGGGACCAGUAACUAAAGUCCUACCUCCUGCUGUCCCCAAAGCGCCUGGCCUUGUGCACCCUGCCCGGUCCACAGCAUGGAAGCCACAGGUGCCUCUGGACACUCCACCAAGGUCCAGCCAGCUGCUACUCAUCAGGCCCAGCUGCUCUUCCCUGUCCUGCAUGUCACUGCAGCCGGCAGGGACUGGCCCUGUGCUGGCCAAGCCAGCAUGUCUACAGCCACCCAGGGCCACAGGGGUCCUGCCUGGCCUCUUGCCUCCCCCUCCCCCACUCUGGACAUCCCCCUCUGCCCAUGGAUGGGUGGGUGGGAUGGAGACAAGGCGUGGGUAUCAGGACAGGAACAUCAACCACCUUUGAUUCUGCUUUUACUGAAUCUGUGGCCCAGGAACCCCACGCCAUUCCUCUCCUCCGUGUCCAGGAAUAGGAAUAAAAGACAAGGAGGCCCCAGAGGCCCAUUUAUUUCUUCA